UGGGCCGAUCACCCUUCCUUAAUCACCGACGCCGUCGAGAACGGAUGGACCCGAUUCGGCUUCGUCGCCGCCAGCUCUUACAGCAGUUCCUCCAAGCCUAGGAAACGGCUGCUUCUUCGCCGAGAUCAAGAAAGUCAAGAAGAAGGAUGUGAAAUUGUAGGAUGCGAUGUGCUAUCUGCCAGAGAGCCAUGCGUUUGGCUUCGGAAUCGCGGCAAUCGCAUCCCUAGUUAUCGCCCACGCAUUGACCAACUUGUUCAUUUGCGGCAACUUCUUGUCCUCUUUCUGCUUUUCUUCCAGAAAGAAGCCGGUCACCCCUCCUCUGCCUCCUUCCGCUUCUAUUUCUUCUUCAACUUCGUCUUCUUCCUCUGCCUCCAAGAAACCCUCCAUCCCCGCCCUCCUCCUCCUGCUCUUCUCCUGGUAAUUCUCAUUCCCAAAACCCACCACCAUGAAUUCGUCGGUCUAUCUUUGGAUUGGAACAAUCAGUUGGGC